UUGACAUUUGACGUAUACAACUUUUACGACAUUUGGCGAUGUCGAGUAUUGAAGUGACCGCUAACAAAAUUGAUUUAAGAAAAUAGUGCGUUAUUUUAAUAAUUCCAAGUUAUUGAUAAAGCAACAACCAUUCUAAAGUAGGGUAAUUAAACACAAUCUCAAUAAAAGACCGCCCUAACGUUUGCAUCUGAAAUUUUUUAUUUCUCUUCGUCUACAUCUUAGAUCCGGAAACCUACUUAUUGGAACACUGUAGAAGCGUACAAGUUGGCGAAGUGAAGUAGCUGUGCAUUUACUAAUCUGUCAUGUGGAAUUAGAAAUUAGGUGAUAUUCAAAAUGUUCAGAAGUAAAAUAAGAAUACACACAUGUCGGAUAAUAUUACUGACAUCUCUCGUGUGGUUGCUUGUGGAUGUCGCGCUAUUAGCUAUGUAUUCGGACUGUUUUGGUGAUGGAUGCAACAAGAAAUCUAGUGAUUAUGCUGUAAAGACUAAAGAAGAACUAGGAGGCAAAAAGGCUGCCAUAGCAGCUGCACUGCAGCACAACAUUGAUGAUGAUGAUACUAAUUUAGAAGAGAAUGAAAUUGAACCUGAUGUUGGGGAAGAUGGCCUUGUUUUGAAUGCAUACCCUAAGUCAAGGUUAAAGAGGUGGCAGAGAGUACCCACUGUGCUACCACAGGGAGAGCUACCUGGGGAAUUGGGUAAGGCUGUCAACAUUCCUAUAGAACAAGAGAAGUUGAUGUUGGAAAAGUUCCAAGAGAACCAAUUCAACUUGUUGGCCAGUGACAUGAUAUCCCUCAACAGGUCACUCACCGAUGUAAGAUUCGAAAAAUGUAAAGACAAACCUUACCCAGAGUUGCUUCCGACUACCAGUGUCGUGAUCGUCUUCCAUAAUGAAGCUUGGACCACUCUAAUUAGAACAAUCUGGAGUACCAUCAAUAGAUCACCGAGACCUCUACUCAAAGAGAUUAUUCUUGUCGACGAUGCCAGUGAAAAAGAACACUUAGGCAAGAAACUAGAGGACUACAUAAAAACUUUGCCGGUGCCCACUCACUUAUUCCGCACGGAGAAUCGUUCUGGCCUUAUCAGGGCGAGGCUGUUGGGAGCCAAACACGUCAAGGGUGACGUCAUCACCUUCCUAGAUGCCCACUGCGAAUGCACUGAGGGCUGGCUGGAACCGCUGCUGGCGCGCAUAGUGGAAGAUAGAACUACAGUGGUGUGUCCAAUCAUCGACGUGAUAUCGGAUACCACGUUCGAGUACAUACAGGCUUCGGAUAUGACGUGGGGAGGGUUCAACUGGAAACUCAACUUUAGAUGGUAUAGAGUUCCAGAAAGAGAGAUGUCUCGUCGCGGCGGCGACCGCACAGCGCCUCUCCGUACCCCUACAAUGGCCGGCGGACUGUUCGCUAUCGAUCGCGACUACUUCUACAAGAUCGGCUCCUACGACGAGGGCAUGGACAUCUGGGGCGGCGAGAACUUGGAGAUGAGCUUCCGGGUGUGGCAGUGCGGUGGGCGGCUGGAGAUAGUGCCGUGCUCGCACGUGGGGCACGUGUUCCGGGACAAGUCGCCGUACACGUUCCCAGGCGGCGUGCAGAACGUGGUGCUGCACAACGCCGCGCGCGUCGCAGAAGUCUGGAUGGACGAGUGGGGCGAGUUCUAUUACGCCAUGAACCCAGGGGCGCUGAACGUGCCAGUCGGUGACGUAACCGAGAGACGAGCGUUGCGCGACAAACUCAAGUGCAAGAGCUUCAGGUGGUAUUUGGAGAACAUCUACCCUGAGAGUCAGAUGCCUCUAGAAUAUUAUUACUUAGGGGAGAUCCGUAAUGCCGAAACGUCCAAUUGUCUGGAUACUCUCGGCGGCAAGGCUGGCCAACCUCUAGGGAUGGGUUACUGCCACGGGCUGGGUGGUAACCAAGUGUUCGCAUACACGAAACGCAAGCAAAUAAUGUCUGACGACAACUGCUUAGACGCGGCUCACCCGCGAGGUCCCAUUAAGCUGAUCCGCUGUCACGGGAUGCGCGGCAACCAGGAGUGGACAUACGACUCUAAGACGCGGACGAUAAAGCACACGAACACGGGCAUGUGCCUAGACAAGCCCGAGUCUUCGGACGUGUGGAAGCCUGUCCUGCGCGCCUGCAACAGGUCGCGCGGACAACAGUGGCUCAUGCAGCUCGACUUCAAGUGGCAGGCGCGCCGACAACACAGCUAGUGUACGAACUGUAGGAAUGACAACGACAGACCAUAACAGUCUUCCCCUCAUGUUAGAUAUCAGAUUUAUUCCUUAUUCUUAUGUAUAUUUAAAGUUUUUAUAUCUAUUAGAUUUAAACGUAUGACACGUAUGAGGUCUUGUGAAUUGUUGACAAUACAUUUAAAAAAAUGCUGUAAUAUGUUGUAUUCCCUGUAAAGGUUGCUCAAACUUAGUAUUGCGUUGGAUAGAGUGUGUUUAAUUGCAAUUAUUUUAGACGUGUGGAAGUAAAAGAGAUUAUAUUUAUCUGUAUAUUGAAGUAUUUUUUGUGUUUGUGCUGAGACGGCGUUUUCUAUUGAUAUAUAUUUGAUUGUGCAUUUAUCUACAAUGACAAUGUAUUUUCUGUGUCCGUCUGAUAAUUUUAUUGGAUUUAUA